AUGCCCAAAUUUGUGAGGCGGCAGUCUCUUGCAGAUCGGCUCAAAAGCCACCUUAACCCUUACGACUUUCUCCUAUGGCUCUCGGAAGAACUGGAAGCCAAUGGCUGGGAUCAGCUGGAGAAGGAAUGGGCCACUCCCAUCGGCCUGACCCUGAAUCUUGUCUUCAUCAUUGCCAGGGCAAACACGAAGCAAAAAUCUACUGGUUAUGACGACGUGUUUGGUGAGAUUCCUGGGGUCGCAUGGACGACCUGGCUGGCCACCUUCAUUGUUCACUUCCUGACCCUGGUCUGCAUGGUCAACGCGGUGUACACCUUCUGGCGGAAGAAGCAUUACCGUCUCUUCGAAAAUUCAGUGGACGAUGUUCCCAGUACUCCAUCUGCCAGACGCGUCCGAGUCGACUCCUCCCCUGUCUCGUCCUCACCUUUACAAUACCUAUCGAGUAUCAUUGGCACAGAAUCGGCGCAGUCAAGAGCACACCCAAACCCAACAAGAGAUGUAUGGGAGGUCGCAGUAUGGGAUCCGCUUCCUAUUGCUCUCCGCUUAUUUUGCUAUUUCAGUCCUGGACAUGUCCUGGUAUAUUGGCUCUUCUUGCCUACGUUACCGUCUGAUCCACGACCCAGCGUUACAAUUGCAACAGCCAUGUUUGUAGCGGCCCUGCUCUCCGUCCAGCUCACAUGGCUUCAAUCGAGUUAUUCCACCCAGGUCAAAGAUUCCGCCUUCAUUUCGAAAGAAGUCCUCCACGAGUAUGAUACCAAAUACGUGAGACCACGGACGCAGCCUUUGUACCGAGAUGUGGGUACCCAGUUCAGCGAGCAGGCGGCCUACAGUGCCGCACGAGAGGAACGAUAUAAUAAAGUCGACACUUACACCCCAAUGGUGGUAAUCAACCGGGGUUUCAAUCCCAAACCCAAUCCAAACUACGUCCAGUACACAAACCCAGAUGGCGCUGCCUCUAGCUCGAAUUUGCGACAUCGAAUAUCGACCCCGGACUUCCGCUCACCCGUCCACAGUGCACAGCCUGGGUCAGUCAUAAGACCUCUGUCUAGCAUUCGUCAGCCGAACUUUCGACCGACAACUGCAGGCGGUGAAGGUGGAAGCCUCGGCGUCUACAGUCACGCUGGGUCUCCUCUUCGGAAGAGCGCAUCGACCAACUUUUCUCGCGAUAAUAGGCCAGUGAGUCCAGAGAAGCGAGCAUCAAGUCCAGACAAGCGAAUGAGCGUGCCCUCCGGGGCUACGACUCAGAGAUGGGGCCACCUGCAGUCAGAUAAGAACCGCAGAGAAAGUGGUCGAUUCUAG